UAAGCGCGGCUUCCGCCGGAAAGCCAGAAGGGAGCCGAGAAAUCGAACCCUGUCCCCGGCCGGGGUUUGGGGGCUCUGCUCCCUCCUCCAGCGCGCAGUCGCAUCCUAGGCUCCCGCGCCCCAACUUAGGUUUUCACGCCCAACUCUUACAAGAUCCUGAGACCCCGCCCCAUCCCCCGCAGCUCAAUUCCAACUGCAACUGACGGCAGAGCCUGAAGCCAGGAAAGGAACCUAUUCCCCGCCCCGGUCCGCCCAUGCUCGGACCCAGGGAGGCCCAGUGAGGUUCUCGCCCGGCUUUCCGGCCUCAUCUGCCACGCUCUCCUGCCUGUCCCUUGUGGACACUUCGCUGCCCCGACCAUGUCCCAGAAGCCGAAGGUAGAGCCCCACGUCGGACGGCUGGGAUACCUGCAGGCGCUGGUCACGGAAUUCCAGGAGACGGAGAGCCAGAACGCCAAGGAGCAAGUCCUGGCCAACCUCGCCAACUUUGCCUAUGACCCCAGCAACUACCAGUAUCUGCGACAGCUGCAGGUCCUGGAUUUAUUCCUUGAUUCGCUGUCGGAGGAGAAUGAGACCCUGGUGGAGUUUGCUAUUGUCCCUCAGGUGCUGGGAUGGAAGACCUUCCCGAUAUCUGUGCCACCUUCGCGGUUCACAUGUUAUCCAAGUCACAUCUACCUUGAGCCAGGAGGCCUCUGUAACCUGUGCUCAGACAGGGCCAACAAGGAGCACAUCCUGCAGACAGGGGGCGUCCCGCUCAUCAUCAACUGCCUGUCCAGUCCCAACGAGGAGACUGUGCUGUCCGCCGUCACCACGAUCAUGUACCUGAGCUCGCCAGGCCCUGGCCCCCACCCCGAGCUGACCGCCAUGCCCGUGGUCCAGUGCAUGCUGCGCUUCUCUCUCUCAGCCAACACGAGGCUCCGGAACCUGGCCCAGAUCUUCCUGGAAGACUUCUGUCCCCCAAGCCAGGUGGCUGAAGCCCGCCGCCGGCCGGCUCACUCUGCCCUGGGUAUCCCACUGCCAAAGACCGAGGCCCCACAGCAGCCCUGAGCCAAGGAGACCUCAAGGCCAUGGCACCCUUACUGCCAAAGACCAAAUUCCUGAUGGGGACUUAGGCAGCAGGAGCAGCAGAGCUCCCAGUGGGCACAUUCUCCCCAGUGGUGCCUCUUCAGCCAUUUUACAGCUGAGUCUUCCCAGCGUGACAGGUAUUUACACUGUGAUGAAAGGCAUGAGAUGAGUUGAGGAAGCCAGACUUUGAGACACACGGAGAAGCAAAUCAAAGGUAGUGCCGUUUUCACAGUUUUCACUCUCUGCCAACUGGAGGUGAAGGUCCUGCCUCCUGACCCACCCCACUGCCAGGCUGUCACCCUCCUGUAAGAAGCAACCGGUUCCCUAGAUCCAGAGGCUUUGCAGGUGGUUCUGAGGAGCAGCUGGGCCCAGGGCUCAGAACUGCCCAAGCUUGAGGAAAUGCACAUUAUCCCUUAACAAGUGUCUGGAGUCAUUCUGAGGAAUAGAAGUGAGAAGUCUGGUUAAAAGUAUCUCAGGGCUCUGGGAAGCUGGUAAGACGCCUCGCCCACUCCAGGGCUGUGGAGCCUGGGUACCUGCCUCACAAGCUCUCCAGGCUGGGCACUGGGCAUGGUGAACAGCGGUCUAGAGAACUCUAUGGUCCAGGGUGAACUGUUUAUCCACACAGACUGUUCUGCCAGGCACCGUGUUAGGGCUUCAAAGAUGAACAUGUGGUCCCUGCUCGAGUGACAGAGCCCAGUGACUGUCAAUGUGGCCGUCAGGCAUUGAGACCAAAGCCAUGGGGGUGAUGACACAUCACGACACAGACAAAACCCUUGGAGCUGCAGCUGCUUCCCUCCCCACUCCACGGUCCCCACCCAAGAGCCCUGGCCCUCCUCCUCCGCCAUCAGGGUUAAGUGGCGGGGAGGUCCUGUCCCUGGAAGUGCAUCAGGGACACAACACAAGUGGUGCCCAAGGGAGACAGAGGACCAGAUACUGACUGUGUGGCUCAGUCCAAGUGUACGCUGGUCAGCACAGGAACGGAUGUGGGAUCCCUAUGGAAAGCUGGGGUUCAGGAGCAGUGGGGAGUCCUGGCCAUCUGUACUCCUUUAAGGUUGACCUCUUACAUGACCAAGGAAAGGCAGAUGUGAGAGGAAUGGUUGCCAGGUGGGCCUGGCAUUGGGGCAGGUUCUGGGGCCACCGGAGAUAGAGGAAGGGAAGGCCUCCUGAGCCUCCAGUCCAUCUACUGUCCUUUGACUUUUCCAAAUAAAGGGCUUGGAAAGA